GUCUUUUACUGCUUUGAGAUCUGAUUCAUAAUUUUUGGUGUUGUCUGAAUCAUGACCAUAGCCCUUUGGCAGGGUAGCUAGUUUCUCCCUGGUAUGCGUUCCCUACGAUAAUUUCGCCGAUCUUUUUACAAGAGUGAGUCCUUUUGAUAGACAAACACACCUGUACGAAGCUCGACAAGCAGAGACAAACAACGGAAAUUUACAUUCACGACAGAGCUCUCAUCGAUACCUCUUUCCCGAAAAGAUGCAAGCCUUCAUCCAGUCUCAGUUCAUAGCAUGGCAGGAGGAUUGCAGCAAGAACGGAUUGUCGGGAGCCAGCUCGUCUUCAUCAUCUUCAGCUGAUGACAAUCUCGUCUUCGCUCUAACCGAUUGCGAAGACGAGCAGACAUUGAAGACUUGCAUUCGGGAGAAAGUACUGCCUAGCUUAGUGGAAGCAACCAGAAGAGCUGUAACAACAACAUCUUCCAGCAGUAGCAGCUCCUCGUCAGCAUCCCCAGUCGUGCGUUCGGAGCAAAAUAUCGCCAGUCUCUGUCACGCCGCCUGUGAGGAUCUCUGCAGACGACUUUGCGCGCCGCACCAGCUUCGAAGCCUACCCGCGGAAGUGUUUCGUAGCGAUCAUGCAGCUACGACAACCACUGUGCCGGACAGGGAGGCGAGCCAAGGUGUUGGAAUUAGGGUGAAAUUCCGCUACUUCGAGACACCCUUGCGCGCAAUUGAGCGAGACAAACCAGAACCUCCAUCCAAGGUCGUGUCAGAUGACGAAGAUUUCUCCGACGACAGUCCUGGAUUUGGCCUUUCUAUGGACAUCGUCGACCGGCUGGGAUUCCGGGUGACGGAAAACCAGGGGGUGACUGCCGUCAAACCGGGACUGGAUGUGAUCAUCGGUGUCGAUGCGCUUUGGACCUACGGGUUGUCGGAAGAGGAGAUAGAGAAUUUAGAAGAGUUGAACCUACACGACGGGGCGAUGUUACGGGUUCUGAGAAUUGUUCAGGACGAACCCCCGGACGCUGAAGAAGAAGAAAUACGAAUACCUUCAAACUUGAAAGGCGCGGAAGUGUUAAACGCAGAACCUGACAACAGACUACGUGAGUACCUUGCGGACCAACAGGAGCGGGGCGGAAGUAUGCGAAUGGAGGUUGACGAGGAAGCAGUGGCUAUUAACGGCGCCGAAAUGAUAAAUCACCACGACACGACGACAGCGCCCGCAACAGAAAACCCCGAAAAGGACUUGUCCCCGAACUUUUCCAUCGAGAGCAGGCAGCAGCGGGGCCGGAGACGAAGGAAAAAGAGUGAGGACGACGAGGACUCGCCGAUGGGAGACGCUGCGGAGAGUACAGCUGAUGGAAAUUGUAGUAACAAUACUGGUUCGGGUUCGGGAAAAAUAUCUAAACCGAACACCCGACACGGCUUCUCCAAAUCGCCGCGGGCGGCCAUUCCCGCGCAGGACCUAGCAAGACUAGAAGCCAAAUUCAACCCUUCCUCGCCACUUUCCACCGGCGGCUACGAAUACAAGUCCCACACCGCGGACAUCAUAUUUCACGCGUGGGGCCGGAGUUUGAAGGACGCGUUUGAGCACGUGGCGGUGUGUUUGUUCUCCUACAUGACGGAGUUGUCUUCUGUCAACGCGACCGAGUCCAUCGAAUUGUUCGCGGAGGGAAGAAAUCUGCGGGACUUGCUGUACCACUUCCUGGACGAAUUGCUGUUCUCCUUUCUCACCGAGAUGUUUGUGUGCAAGUACGUGGAAGUGUUUCUCUUGGACGAAACGAAGAGCGACAUUUUCGAGGAUGAAAGCACAAACAUCAACCCGUGGAAGGUGAGGAUACGCGGGUACGGGGAGAGUUUUCGCCCGGUUUCGGAGGGCGGCAAGCACGCACAGGGCACGGAGAUCAAAGCGAUAACCAUGCACGAAAUGCGCAUUAUUGAUGUGCGGGAGAAGGCGGAGGGAGGUGUGGGUGGAGAGAGUGGUGGCGUUGAGACGACAAACAUGGUGGAUGAAGAGGGAGUGGCUCGACUGCCGGCGGUGGCCGCGGGUUCGUCUGUUCCUGCCGCAUCUGUGAAUGCAGCUACUGCACCGCCAGUAGAACUUUAUGUGCUAGUUGACAUAUAGAACAAGAGAGGAGGACAACAAGGAUGAUGCUUUUGAUGAAAAAGAUCAUCGCAUUCAUCCGCAUAAGACUCUACUACUUUUGUUGCGAAUGCGAGCAACGU